CAUUGAGGAGAAAGUAGUUGUGGGAUCUUCUUAAUAGAGGCUGUUACCAAUGAGGGACCAAAGGAAGUUUCAAAAUAAUUUAUUUAAUUAUUCUACGGCGUAAUUAUCAAAAAUAUAUGUUCUGUAGUAUAAUUUUGCCGCAUAGGGUAUUUUUAAACAUUUCAUUUAUGAUUCCUUGCCUCCACGUCAUGUCAUAUGCCUCUUUGAUGCAAAAAAAUACCGCUCUCUAUCGUCAAAGGCCUUUAUCGGUGUGUUUAACCAAGCGGUCAACUGUUGAGUGGCCUAGCCGAAAUCCUACCUACCAUUCGAGGGGUAAAAUUAUCACUGGUCAGAGGGAGUUAAGGGUCCUCUAUACAUCCCGACGAAAUUUGAAACGAUCGGAGCGCCCACUAGUGUAGCUAAGUAAAAGUUGUUUUACCUGAAUAGUUAAACUGCCAAAGGCAAGGUCACAUGUCUUUGAGGGAUUCCAAAUUACAUUACAUAAAUUAAUUUAAUUAUAAUUGCUGUACAUUUCUAAACCUUCUCUUUAUCUUCAACAGCAAAUAAUUUGGAAUUUUCUAAUGACACUCACAAAAUUGUAAAGGGGCAAUACCGGAUUUACCACCCGAACUGAAGGUUACUAGUAAUGAAGAAAUUAAAAACAAUUAGGUAACGAGUUUUCAUCCGCCCAUUUAAAGAAAUUAUGGUAUACCUACCUAACCCUUUAAUGGAAAUUUAAUCCAACGGUAAUUAUUUAUAUUGAUGCAUUACUAUUUUUCUCUGCUAAUUUCAUAUUUAAAACCACUUUCAUCAGUGACUUACACUCAUUAUUUAGUGCGCUAAUUUGUUUGUUUUAAAAUUUUUUAAUAUGCCGAAGUGUAUGGGGAGUUUGUCACGAAGUUUAAAAAGUCGAAAAUCCGCAAUGAAGAAAUUGUCGCAAAGGAGAUGGAAUUCUAUAAUGCCCAAAAUGGACCAAGUAGUCCCCACAACAGUGCCUCUUUGCAGUUCAAAUGAUGUUGAUAACAAUUCUUCUGAUAAAACUGGGCCACCUGAUUAUUUAAGCAAAGGUGAAGAAGAAGCAGUUGUUAGUACUAGUUGUUAUAAUAGUGAUUCUGAUACGGAGUUGGACGAACUAGUCCUUGAACUUGAACCUGAACCAAUAGCGUCCUGUAGUUAUGACAAUAUAGAUAGCAACUUUGUCAAUGCAACUGAUCCAUUUCACAAUUUCAACAAAGAUGACGAGGAAGUAAUUACUACCAUUAGCGGCGAUUCUAGUGACGGCACUGAUAUCUGA